AUGCCAUCAGCGCCUGUCCUACGACUGACCGUCCUGGUCUUACCCCGGGAGCAGGUCUCCACAUACUCCAGCUUCUUCAGAGCCAGCAACGAACAACAGCAUCGAGCGGAACCUGCCAAGCCCCGUACUUUGCUGCUGGUUAUCAAGGACCCCGAGAACGUCUCACUUGGCCAGCUGGCCAAUCUGAUUAAAGACCUGUGGGUGGAACUAUGGCCAGCUGAGGGGCCCCUGCAAAUCAAAAGACUCCUCGACGAUGCGUAUCCCGAGGCCGCAUUCAGCAUCCACUGCUCUGUCGCGGAUAUUUGGGUGGACAAUGGACGUCGUGAGCGUGAGGGCUUCGACCAGCUUGGCACCGUCCGCGUGAUUCAGGUGCCCUCGUCGUCUACACCGUCCCCGGCUCACCGGUACCAGCGGGCCCCUUCUGUCUGUCAAGAUAUUGAAGGCGCUGCGCGUGAGGCCAAGCGCAAAUACCUCGACAGCGCUGUCAGUGCAAAUGGCUCACUGACCAGAUCGAGGGACACGGCCACUGAGACCCGCGCUCAGAACAAAGAACAACCAGGCCCGCAGGAACGUCCGACAAAACGGCCUAGAUUGACGGAGGAGGCUGAACCUGUAUCUCCCACUCCUGCUGGUUCACCUCACUCGACAACUUCAUUCCCUGUAUUCUACAAUGAUGGACGGGUCCCGUCGUAUGCUCACCCAAGAGGCCACAGACGCCAUCUCGGAAACAACUCAACCGGUUCUCCGCUGGUAGGAUUGGGCCUGGGAAUCACCGCCAGUCCAGCCAAGGCCAGAAUCUCAACUUUCAAUGCCGAUGUCACAGCUGAGGGGAGUCCAGACCCAGCAGUAGGUCCAGGACCAAGGUCUAUGCCUCCGCCACCGCGGCCACGUUAUUCACUACGUGGACCUACUACCUCGUCACCAUUGGAGUCUGGUUCUGAGGAGGAUUCUCCUUUGGCUGGCAAGAAGGUUGCCCGGAGACCGUUCCACUCAGUUCCUCGGGAGACCUCUCGCAGCGAAGGUCCUCGGACUAGGGCGGCGAAGAAGACUGAGGGAUCUGGGAAGAAAUCAGAGCGCGUCGCUCCGUCGAGUGACCCGGUUGGUACCUUAAAGCUCACUCGGAGCCAACUUGAUCUUCUGGAGAAAGACAAAAGAGAGCUUCAGGAAGUCAAUGACUUGCUUAAGCAAUCCAGGAUAAACCCCGAGUGUCGCACGAUUAUCCAAAGAAUGCGCCAUGACCUAGAAGAACGAAUCAAGGUCAGAGUCGCCCCCUCUCCGCAUGGGGAGCAAAGAAUGCUAGUAUUCCAAAGAAUACGCAAAAAACUUCGGACCUGCCGGAAUUCGCUUGAGAGGUUCAGGAGGAAUGGGCAGUUAUAUGAGGAAAGUGAUGCACAUGAUACUACGAGCGAGGACAAUGGCAUGGACCAGAACCCUGGUGAAGGGAGUGACGAUGAAAGCGAAGAGGAUAUGCCGAGGAAUAGACCCAGACGCUCCGGAAUCGAGCGGCGAGAUCUAUCAACCGACUUUGUUGUUACCGGAAGGGUCUUAUCCCUUCGUUCACAUUCCAAGAGAGCCGAGCUCGAAAAUCUUCAACCAAGCCAAAAGGACAAGGAGCCAGACGGGCAUGAUAUUCAAAUUGUGGUUGAGGAUACCAGAAUUGCGCAGACCUCCCCGCAGACUAGCAGUUCCGUUGCUCACGAUUUUCUGAAUGGUGAUCGUCCGGAAGAUGGUGCUGCAUCCGUAGAGGAUGAAAGCGAGGACGAAGCGACGGACAGCGAUGGCAGUGAUAUCGAGUAUGAGUCAAAGGGUCCCAAAGUCGAGCAAAGCUCUCCCAUUCGGAUUCCGAUUGUCUCGCAGGGAGCUUCGCCACGGAUUGCACCACCCCCUCGUGCUGAAAACGGGGAAAAUGAGAAUGGAAACGACGUGAUCGAUCCAUUUGCCAAGUAA